ACCCCGAUACUGCACCGGGAACCCCCCGAUGUCGGGACCCCCCGACAGCAGCACCGGGACCUCCAGGAGCAGGACUGGCCUCCUCCGGUGCCCCCAGGACCCCCCCGGCACGGGACUCGCCCGACUUCAGCAGCACGCGGGGCACCAGUGCAAUCCCAGUGCUCCCAGUAUGGGUGUCCCGCCGUUCCCAGUGCUCCCAGUACGAGUGUCCCACUGUUCCCAGUGCAAUCCCAGUGCUCCCAGUAUGGGUGUCACUCUGUCCCCAGUGCUCCAUGUCUGAGCCUCGUGGUCCCCAGUCUGGGGAUCCCUCUGUCCCCAGUGCUCCCAGUGCAACCCCAGUGCUCCCAGUGUGCCUCUCCCUCCAUCCCCAGUGCUCCCAGUGCUCCUCCUCUGACCAGCGCCACCUGUGGCUCACCCCCCUCACCGUCUGUCCCUGUCCCCACUGUCCCCAUUGUCCCCACUGAGGGGGAAACUGAGGCACGACCCCCUUCCCCCUCCGAGAGCCACGUGGCCCGCCCCCCGUCGCCUCCUCGCGCGGGGGAUUGUGGGACUCGUAGUCCGCCGGAGGGGGCGGAGCCGCGUCGGCGCGCGGGGCGGGCGGCUCCGCCGGACUACGAUUCCCAGGCGCCCCCGCGCGGCGCUCGCCUCCCGUGAUGCCGCGCGCCCCCUGGCGGCGCGGGCGGCGGCCGGAGCGGCGGGGAUGAGCGAGGAGGGGGCGGGCGGGGCCCGGCGGAGCGGCGGCGCCUUCCCCAGCCUGGAGCAGAUGGUGGCCGCCAGCCCCGGGAAGACGCCCAUCAGCCUCCUGCAGGAAUAUGGGACACGCUUAGGACGGACCCCCGGCUACGACCUGCUCAAGGCCGAGGGCCAGGCCCACCAGCCCAACUUCACCUUCCGCGUCACCCUCGGGGACAUCAGCUGCACCGGGCAGGGCCCCAGCAAGAAGGCGGCGAAGCACAAGGCGGCCGAGGUGGCCCUGAGGCUGCUCAGAGGGGGGGGGGCCAUGCUGGAGCCCCCGGAGCACAGCUCUCCUUUCCCCCCAGAGCCCCCGACUGAGCCCGGCCCCGCCGCUGCCCCCCCAGCUCCUGCUGUGCCCCCUCCCUCGCCCAGGGGACCCCCCUUGGAGAUGAAGACACCCGUGUCCCCCCCCCAGUCGGAGUGUAACCCCGUGGGGGCUCUGCAGGAGCUGGUGGUGCAGAAGGGCUGGCGCCUGCCCGAGUACACGGUGACCCAGGAGUCGGGGCCGGCGCACCGCAAGGAGUUCACCAUGACCUGCCGCGUGGAGCGCUUCGUGGAGAUCGGCAGCGGCACCUCCAAGAAGCUGGCGAAGCGCAACGCGGCCGCCAAGAUGCUCGUGCGGAUCCACAACGUGCCGAUGGAGCCGCGCGACGGCAGCGAGGCCGAGGGCGAGGAGGACCAGUUCAACAUGACGUGCCCCCGGCUGGAGGGGCUGCGGGGCCGAGCCCCUGGCUGUACCUGGGACUCCCUGAGGAACUCGGCGGGCGAGAAGUUGGGGCAGCUGCGGAGCGGGGAGGGUGCCCCCGCGCCGGGGGGGGCCUGUGCCCUCCUGCAGGAGCUCUCGGAGGAGCAGAGCUUCGCCAUCAGCUACCUCGACAUCGACGCGCUGAGCCUCAGUGGGCUGCACCAGUGCCUGGUGGAGCUGUCGACGCAGCCGACCACCGUGUGCCACGGGGCCGCCCCGUCCCGCGACGGCGCCCGCGCCCAGGCCGCCCGCAACGCCCUGCAGUACCUGCGCAUCAUGGCGGGGGGCAAGUGACCCCCGGGGGCAAGUGACCCCCCCCGGACACACCCACGGGCCCACGGACACACCCCAGGACUCGCUGGACCCACGGUGGGGCACCCGGCCCCCACCCACCGCCCCCCGGACACAGGGACCCACCUGGGUCCGUGGAUGGACAGACAGAUGGACCUCAGGGCCCAGGGGCUCCUUCCAGCCUGGCCCCCCCCCCCCCCACCGGUGCCAGGAGGGUCCCCGGGCACCAUCGGC